AUGACAGUUAAUAAUUUAAGAUUAAGCGUUACUGGAUUUAAUCCAGAAGACUUCAGAAUCAUUAACGGCCAAUAUAAUUCCCUUGCUUGCUAUGGGGAAGUCAGGGUGGCAUAUUGCAUCACAAGGGACUUUCCGCUCACUGUGCAUCGUUUUGGACCUUGGAGUGAAAUUCUUCCUACGAGAGACAACUACACUGAGCCAGUACUUUUCAACGAAAAUGUCGAACUAGGCUUAGCCUAUUGCUACCUCUACGACUUCUAUGGGAUCUGUUUUGUACUUUGUUCUACCUACACCGACAGCGGAGGUGUGCACGACCAGUACUUGGGUGCAUGCAAUCUCCGACUGUACAAUUCGAAGAGGGUAUUCCGUAAUGGCAUCUACGAGUUGGAACUCUAUUUGCUGAAGGAUUACAAGCUAAAGGACCUGGAUGAUGUCGUGGAGUGCGUAAUGGAACGUGAGAUGGACGGAAAACCGAGAGGCAUGAAGGAUCUGAACUACCUGCUAAAAGUGCGUCGGAAACAAACUCGUGGUGAACUUGUUGGGACUUCGAUCGAUCAGAAAGCCCUUUCUGUUGUGGAGUCUCGGAUUGAAGAGUUGAAACGUGGCAGUGGUAAAAUAUUCCUCCGCGUGAAGUUUGAAUUUUCGCGGUCCUACCCCUCCCUCUAUGUGCCGGUAGUAUUCAAGCAUGCGGUGAUGCCUGCGGUAGAAGAAAAUAAAUGGCCAGAGAAGGUGCUUAUUGAAUCUGAGUAUGGGGAGGUGCUGUCGGAGAAGGACGGUGAUUUAAUCUGGCAGUUUAGAUUCUACCUAGCAAAUAAAUUCCCGGAGACGGCACUACCUACUUUUCUGCUCUCCGUGCGAUGGCAAUAUCCAGAGCAGGUGAGCCAGGCAGUGGAAUUGCUACUUAGUUGGUCGUCCUCCUCUGUCUCACCUGAGGCGGUACUUGAACUGCUAACCCGCACGUACACUCACCCUGUGUGUCGUCGGUUUGCUGUCUCUCGCCUCUGUCAAGCUUCCGACGAGGAUAUUGAACUCUACUUAUACCAGUUGGUACAGGCUCUGCGUUACGAAAACCAGGAGGAGAUUCUUCGAUGCUCGAAGAUCCCCAGUCUUGGCGGCGAAAGUGAGGACGACAAGGAUGUUGAGUCUCUGAAAAAGACAGGGACGAAGAUUGACGAGCCAGGCUCGUCGAAAUCACAGUCUCGACCAAGAAGGUCUCCUCUUGCAUCUGAUGCCAUACCAUGGAAGGUGAGUGGUUCUCAAAAUCUACUCUUGUUGAAUAAUAGCCUUUUGGAAGAAGUUCACAGUUGA